AUGCAUUCGGGAUUCAGUCUCCUAUCGGGAGGUGAACCUUUUUACGACGGGUCGUUCUGGCGAGAAAUCUUCCCUCAAGCUGAUUUUUUUUCCGAUAACUUUGUUUGGCGCGGCCUGCGCGACACGCUGCACUACCCCGGCCUGUCGCGCGACGUGUGUGCGACUGUGCUGACGACGGGGCUCGUCGUCGCAUGGCUGCGGCUCUUCGACCUGCUCGCGCGGCGAAACUUGGUCGAGCGGAAGUUGAGUCGAAAGGUCCUGCACAUCACCAUCGGCCUCUUCUUCGUCUUCGUCUGCUGGCCGCUCUUCAGCGCGUAUCCGCAGGCGCGUUUUUUUGCAGCGGCGGCCCCCGUGGUGACGGCGGUGCAGCUCUUGCUCCUAGGGCUGGGCGUGACGCGCAGCGACGGCAUCGUUAAAUCUAUGAGCCGCAGCGGUAGCAAGAGGUGUGGCGGACAUUGUGGGGCGGCGGUGUGGUUCCUGGAAGCUUCCAUGGAACGAGCAGAAGAGCUGGGCUGGCAGUGCUGCCAUGCUGCUUUGCGGGUUCCUCUUCUCACUAAUCUAUUUAUGGUUCUUCUGUUUCCUCGGCUAUUUCACCUGCCCCAUUCCCUCCCACCCUCUUCUCCGGGUCUUUUUAAUAAACCUGGACCAUCUUACUCGGAUGGGAGGGCAGAGGGAGGACAGAUAGAGGGAGAGGAGGGCGAGGAGGGCGAGGAGGGCGAGGAGAGUGAGGAGGGCGAGGAGGGUGAGGAAAACGAGGAGGGUGAGGAGGGAGAGGGGCUUUCAUUUGACUUCAUAAGAGAGUAG